AUGCUCGGUCUUGGUGACUAUGAGAGCAGCAGUGAGGAUGAGGUAGAGCACAAGGGUCCUCCACCCAGUUCUCAGCGCAACAAGAAUAUUCCACCUACAAUCUCACAAGCUGGCCAGAACGAAGGUAACAUGCCUCUUAAUUCUCCGGGGAUCAGUAAGCUCCAAAGGUUGGCUCUGACACUUUAUCCAGAUCAUAAGCCAACCUACCAACAACCAAAAGAGAUACGAUUUCACGCUGCGGCCGAUUCAAUCCCAGAAGGACCUGUCCUUGGCCCCGCUUCUAUCGACAUGGCGCCCCUCUCGGAGGAGAAGCAUUCGACAAGUGGACGCUCAUCUCCCUUCUCGGCUUCACGAAGUCUCAUUCAAGACCUCACUCUCCCUCCCGUUCCCAAUCUAGACAUCCCACCAUCACCUCCCGGAUCUCCCAACCCAGCCGCGAACGCGAAAUUCGAGCAUUUCCUCUCGCUCAAAAAGCAAGGCGUACACUUCAACUCGAAACUGGCCAGCUCGUCAUCGCUUAAGAAUCCAAGCUUGCUGAAGAAGAUGAUGGAACAUGCUGGGAUCGAUGAGCAAUCACAAUAUGACACAUCGCUGCCUGCCGACCUAUGGGAUCCCUCCGAUCUGCCCAAAUGGGGUUUCAAGGAAGAGCUCUUGAGAACGCAACAAGAUUUCCGUAAACAAUCGGAGGCGAAAAAGGUAUCGGGCCAGCGAAGCUCUGUUGACUUCGUCUCUGGAUCUGCCUGA